CCUUCUUCAGUUUACUUCCCUUUCAUUUCUCAUGUUUAACAUUCCAUUACUCCUCCACAUUUAAGACCCUCUUCUUUUUUUUCUUUUUUUUUUCUCCUUUCCUUUUCUUUUGGCCUUCAACAUUUAGGUAUUGUUUGGAUUGGAGGUGUCGGACGGAGAGGGAGGGGAAGGGAUGGGGACGGAUGGCAAGAGAAGGGGAGCGGGGGAGCGAGGGAGCGAGGGAGCGCUUUCUCCUUCCUCUUGUUUGGGUUUCCAAAGAGGCAGAGGAGGAGGGAGAUGGAUUGAUUUGGACUCCCUCCAACCACCCUCAAAUAUGCAGAUUUGCAAUCCGCCCGAUUUGGGAGGUUUGGGAGGGAUUUGAGUGGCUAUUUAGAUUAGGUUAAAUAUAAUUACAAAAUUAACUUUAAUUUUUUUAUUAUAUCCUUCUCCAUUACAAGUUUAAAGGAUAAAUUUAUAAAUUUAAAAUUAAUUUAAAUCUUUUCCUUCUUUCCUUUCCUUUUACCUUAAUUAUCCAAACAUAAAAUAAUACAAUCCUUCCCUUCCCUUCCCUUCCCCUUCCUCAUUUUUAUUUAUCCAAAUAAAAUUAACACAAAUCAUUUCCUUCUAUUUUCUUCCCUUCCCUUUCUUUUCCUCCCCCUCCAUUUCCUUUUAUUUUCCUCCAUUCCCCUCCCUUCCCUUCCCUUUACUAUUUUCUA